AUGCUGCUGGGAGUGUGGGGCCAGAUGUUCUUAACCACCUCUACUGGACUGCAGCUUCCACUUCUUAUGGAGACGGAGAUCAUACACUAUGCAUCAGCCCUCAUGGAGUCUCAGAGAGUGGAAUACUCGAGGUCACCAAAGGCUCUACAAGAAAGUUUCUCCGUCUUGUCUUCCAAUACAUCUGCUCCCCUUUCCGGAUCCCUCCAGAGGAUCAACAAGGAUGAGGCUGUUGGAGCAAACAACGACUGCAGCAUCAAGUACGACUCCGCCCACAACAACAUCUGUAACUACAGAAAGCAAAACAGUUUCCUCAACAACACCAACCACUCCAGAAACAACGACUGCAGCAUCAAGUACGUCUCCGCCCACAACAACAUCUGUAACUACAGAAAGCACAACAAUUUCCACAACAGCUCCAACCACUCUAGAAACCACAACUACACAAUCAAGUAUCAAUCCACCCACAACAACAGCUGGGACUACAGAAAGCACAACAACUAUCGCAACAACUCCAACCACCCCAGAAACAACAACUGCAUCAUCGAAAACAGCAACCAUAACAUCAAGUACAGCUCCCCCCACAACAACAACUGUGACUACAGAAAGCAAAACAGUUUCCUCAACAACACCAACCAAUCCAGAAACAACGACUGCAGCAUCAAGUACGACUCCGCCCACAACAACAUCUGUAACUACAGAAAGCAAAACAGUUUCCUCAACAACACCAACCACUCCAGAAACAACGACUGCAGCAUCAAGUACGACUCCGCCCACAACAACAUCUGUAACUACAGAAAGCACAACAAUUUCCACAACAGCUCCAACCACUCUAGAAACCACAACUACACAAUCAAGUAUCAAUCCACCCACAACAACAGCUGGGACUACAGAAAGCACAAUAAUUAUCGCAACAACUCCAACCACCCCAGAAACAACAACUGCAUCAUCGAGUACAACUCUAACAACAAAAACAGCUGUGACUACAGAAAGCACAACAGUUUCCUCUACAACUCCAACAACCCCAGAAACAACAACUGCAUCAUCAAAAACAACAACUGCUGCAUCAAGAACGACUCCGCCCAGAACAACAUCUGUAACUACAGAAAGCACAACAAUUUCCAUAUCAGCUCCAACCACUCCAGAAACCACAACAAUAACAUCAAGUACAACUCCACCCAAAACAACAGGUGUGACUACAGAAAGCACAACAAUUAUCUCUACAACUCCAACCACCCUAGAAACAACAACUGCUUCAUCAAGUGUGACACCAAAAAGUACAACAUUGACAUCAACAACUUCGAAAACAACAACUUCAUCUGCAACAACGGCACAUAUAGCAUCAAGUACAACUCCAACUACAAAAGGAACAACAUUUACUUCAACUACUCCGAUCACUUUGGAAACAACACAUUUAUUUGCAAUACCCACAACUACAGCAUCAAGUACAACUUCACCAACAACAACAGCUAUUCCCACAGAAAGCAAAAAAAUUCCCUCAACAACUCUAACCACUUCGCUGUAGUAAAAACCAAACUGAUAUUUAUAAGCUCAUCUCCAGUCCCCAGUGAAAGUUUGGUAAUCCGUACUGUCAACACGCUCAACAUAUCCAGACAGUCACAACUUGAUGAAUCAGUAAAGUUGAUGAAUGUUCUCUAUGAGAAAAUCUCGGAAACCGCCUAUGCAGUCACCUUUACAUUUUCUAUGAGUAACAUCAGCAUGCCAGAGAACCCUGAGCUCAGAAAUGACACUUUUAAGCAGGUUCAGGAUGUUGUCAACAAAGCUCUGAACACUCUUCUGAAUGAGCCUACCAGUUUGGUUCUUCAACCCAAGGACUCAGAAUUCAUAUCUGGUUCAGCAGUGGUGACAAGCAGACUGGUGUUCAACUCAUCUCCAGUCCCCAGUGAAGAUCUGGUGCUCAGUGCCAUCACCACUCUCAGGAACUCCAGAGAAUCACAACUCAACGAAACAGUGAAAGUGGUGAAUUUCACCUAUGAAAAAAUCUCGGACACCUCCUAUGCGCUUGUCAUUACAUUUGCUCUGAGUAACAUCAGCAUUCCAGUGAACCCAGAACUCAGAAACAACACGUUCAGUCAUGUACAGAAUAUUGCAAAUAAUGCGCUGAACACUCUUCUGAAUGAGCCUAUCAAUGCUGUUCUUCAACCCAAGACCUCAGACUUCACGUAA